CUUACUCUUUAUUCCCCUAAGCCCUCGCUUUGCUUCACUCUCACUCAGCCAUCGUACCGGAACAAAUAUUCGACGUUGUUUAAGGAAAUGGAAGGAAGUGCAUUAAAUGCUGCCACCGGAACCGGAAAUAUCCCUUGUCCCUCCUCUUCAAACAAGAAAUCAAAAAGAGUGUCGGAUAAUGUAUCUGCUUAUACUGUUCAAUGUGCCAAAUGCUCCAAAUGGAGGUUCAUCCCAACAAAAGAGAAGUACGAGGAGAUACGAGAAAAGAUAGCAGAGCUGCCUUUCCUUUGUGAAACAGCUCGUGAAUGGCGACCAGACAUUACCUGUGAAGAGGAAACAGAUCUUGUACGAGAUGGCAGCUGGAAUUGGGCAAUAGACAAACCCUGUAUUCCUCAACCUCCUCCUGGUUGGCAACGAAUUUUACGAAUUAGGGCUAGGGGAGGCACAAAAUUUGCUGAUCUUUACUAUGAUGCACCAUCAGGGAAACGAUUACGAUCAAUGCAGGAAGUUCAGAGUUACAUGCAUGAGCAUUCAGAGCCAGGUGUAACGUUGUCACAGUUCUCGUUUCAAAUUCCUGAACCGUUAGAGGAAAAUUAUGUACGAAAACGUCGUACUUCAUCUGCUACUUUGAAUGACAUGAGUGGCGCUGUGGUGCCAGUUGCUGCUACUCCCAUAUCAUGGAUUCCUCCAGACCAGAGUAGAGACUUUCACUUUGGUGGGGAACAGAACUUUACUUCAGAUGCUGAGGCUCCUGCUGAAAGUUGAGGUUGGUGCCUCAACUGUUGACAAUCCUCAUGCAGGCAUCUAUGCUGAGAAGAUUUACAAGUGAUGCAGAAUCUAGUUCUUAGGAUAGCUUGUACUGUAUGAAUGUAUCAGAUGUUCUCUUGUUCUCUGUUAUAAAUACUUUUUGUGUUUCAAAAACUGUUUUUUUCUUUAUCCUACAAAGACCAUGUAAAAUUAUCACAGAUGAUAACUUAUG